AUGGCACGAACUGGCUUUCUCCCUCUUAUGUUUUUUCUGCUAUUUGUAACAUUUGGAGUUAUUUUGUCUGUUAGUUCACCCAACAUCACCACUGAUCAAUCAGCUCUUCUAGCUCUAAAAUAUCAUAUAAGUCAUGAUCCACACAACAUCUUAACAAUCAAUUGGUCUACUUCUAACUCUGUUUGCAAUUGGUUCGGUAUCACAUGUGGAUCUAGACAGAAUAUAGUUAUUGCUUUGAAUUUGUCAAAUAUGGAUCUCACAGGCACCAUCCCAUCUCAAUUGAGUAAUCUAUCUUUGCUUGCUUGGCUUGACAUUGGUCACAAUAGUUUCCAUGGUUCUUUACCUAUUGAGUUAACAAAUUUGCAUAGGUUGAAACAUUUGGACUUUGGUAACAACAAUUUCGAUGGAGAAAUUCCAUUGUGGUUUGGUUGCUUCACUGAACUUCAAGGCUUAUUUUUAUACCUUAACAACUUCAUCGGUGUUAUCCCAUCUACUCUAGGCAAUUUGUUAAAACUAGAAAAGUUGAGCUUAUUUAGCAACAAUUUAAAAGGCCAUCUUCCAUCAGGAAUAUUUGAUAAUCUUUCUAAAUUGCAAGUGUUGCGCAGAAACGCGUAA